CCCCCCUCCUCCUCCCAGCUGGCUGUCUCAAUGCACUGUCUGGUGGAUGUUUAAAUCCCUCCCACUAAUGGGCAGGAAUGGAGCCUGUGUAAUAUAUUGGGACCAAGGGGGCAGCUCACAGUCAGCAGUGGCAGCCUGUCAGGUGGGUGUCUGUGUGUUAGUAUUAUGGGAUGAGGGGGUAGUAAUGCUGUUUGGGUGGGCUUUGUCCAAAGAGCUUGCAAUCUAUAUUCUGUAUUUAAAUAGUGUGCAUUUAAUUUUAAAAAAAACAACCCACAAACCUAUAUAUUAUUUAUCUAAAUAUCUCUCACACUCUCUGAUGGUGUAUGUAGAAUUGUAGUGGGACAUUGUUGCAAUGCAGGCUUGCUAUUAUCACAUGAUUCACUGUGUACAUAUGGGGUUGGGUAAUAAAAGUAAUUAACCAACAGGGACAGUGCUUUUUACUUGUUGAACUUUACCCCUGCCAGUGCUGUUGUUGUGACCAGGGAUUUAAGGGGACAGGAGGGGCUUGGCACAGUGGGGGUGCAGUAGGAUACCAGUGUGGCUGUAGGGAUUGGUGUGUUGGCUAGUUAUUGAUCUGGUCAGAACACUGGCUUGUAAACUUAUUUUCUGUAGACUGCAUGUGGUGGGUGGGGAAUUUCCAUGAAAUUGUGGCAAGUCAUACAACCUGUUUUAAUAAGCUGAAUAUUUAUUGCAAAUAUGUGAUGGCAUCAACUAGACUUAACCUAUCAAGAAGAGGUGUGUAGGUGACUUGUAGUUUUUUAGUUUUGUCUUGUUUACAAACCCCUACACCCCCUUAUUUGAGCUGUAACAAGGAGACGGUGAAAGUGAAACUAGUGUGGUUAGUGUCUCUUUAAUUAAAAAUCCUGGCCAAUAAACCAAAAAUACAGCCCACUCCACCCUGUUUGCUCUAAAAUGAAUUAGUUUAAUUAAAGGACAUUGCUUUCACAGAUUUUUAAAGGGAAGCUAUAGUGAGUGUUUAUAAAAUAAUUCACAAUUGAUCACAUAUUGCUAACAUUCUGCAGUGCUGUACAAUAAACAAGACACACAUUUUAAUUAUGGCACAACAUGUCCUAAGGAAACAGUGGGUGAAGGCGGGACUUUCUCUGAUUAAGGUGGGACUCCAAACACCAUAACCACUACUGCCAACAAAAUUAGUUCUGGUGCUCACAAACUGUCCUGGUGCAAAUUGAUAACUUGUCUGGUUCAUUUCUAGAAUCCAAGCUUCAUAGGUCUUCUCUAGUAGGAGAAGCUGGAUGUCCUUUUUGCGCAGAGCAGCACUGCAAUCAUUGGUUGAGUGGCCAACUGACAUCAGGCAGUAAAUGCAGUACUGCUAUGGGCACAUCAAACUUCCCUGAUUAGAGAUGACCUAUGCAUACCUCCCAAGUGUCCCUAUUUAGGAGGGGCAGUUCACUUUGAAUCCAAAACUCUGUCCCACUUUCAUAAUGUCCUCUUUUCUAGGCGUUCCAUAUUGUUGGUGUAUCUGAGUGUAUAAUAGCAUGUAAGCUCAUCGAGCAGGGUCCUCAACCCCCUCUGUUCCUGUACGUCAGUGGUCUGAUCUCAAUUAUGUGUCUGUUAGUCCACCCAUUGUACAGCGCUAUGGAAUUUGGAAUAAUAAUAAUAAUAAUAAUAAUAAUAAUAAUAAUCAUCCCAGUAAUGUGUUGUUAAACUACAAUAAAUGUGUUUAGAUCAGUCUGUGUAGUUAAGAUCCAUUGUGCUUGUUCUAAAUUACCUUUUAGUUGGUCAUCUUAAACCUCCCAGAACAGCCUGGCCACUGGCCUACCACACAUACCCCUAAAAUAAAAUUGUCCCUCUUUGUCCAGUUGGAUAGUAUACCAAUCCUUUUGAGGGCAUUGUGUGCCUGGGGUGUACUCCUUUAAUAUUUCUGAUGACUUUUUGAGCAUUUUCAGUUGUGCUGGACAUGUGUAAGUAUCAUGUAUGUAAUUUUCUUGGCAUGUUCUGACUCUGCCAGAAUAGCCAGACAUAGAAUGUAAAUUUAAAGGUUUUUAGUCUGGCUUCCCCCCCCCAAAAAAUCUUGGUGACCAUACUAAGUGUCCCCCUCCAAGCACCAUAAUCACUAUACAUAUUAUUCAACCAGGUAGUUCUGGUAGCUUGUCUGUCCAACAAAUGGACCAGUGCCUUUUUUAUUUUAUUUUUUUUAAUUAAAAAAAAUAAAUAUUACAUUUGACAGGGCUCGUUUGGUUUUUGAUUGGAACACUCAAAGCACCACAACCCUUUUUCUUUGUUUUUUUUUUUUUAAUUUUAUUUACACAUUUAGUGCUACUUCCCACCUCCACUUUUAACUCUGGAGAGCUGGAAGUUCCUAAGCAGUAACUGCAGUUUCCAGUAUCGAACUAAACCCUGCUGAAGUUCUUACUGGCCACAUGCUCUCAUUGCACCAUAACCACUACAGAGACGUAGAGGAUAUGCAUGGUGUGUGUUCAUUUAAACACAAUGCUUCUUUAAAUCUUUAAGACUAGUUCUUAGAAAACACAAACCAUUUAUCAUUCACUUUAUGGUUUUUUGUUUUUUUUAAUCUUUCUAUAAAUUGCUCUAGUUUCCAGUAACUUAAAGUUGCAAAGUCUCUAUCUGGUAGACCUUCCUUUUUUUAUUUUUUUUAUUUACAUGUAUGUUCUCACCUCUUGAAUAUUUCCAGUGUAGUAAAAAAUCCAAGCUUCCUAGAACUAAACUUCCAUAUAGAGUCUAGAUUCUAGACCAUGGGUAGGCAACCUUUUAGCUGUGCUGAAAUAGGAUUGUGAUGUCCUAUUUAAAUUUUUUUUAUUAAAUUGAGGUGUGCAUGUUGCCGUAUUCUGCUUGUGUUAAUUAUACUGCAGUUGCUUUGUAUCGUCGUAUUUGAGAUAUUAUAUUGUAUAUGUCCAUGAGUAGAGAUGUUGCGAACGGUUCGCCGCGAACUCCGGUCAGCUGACACAUCCCGGCCAAUCUCUGGCAGACCCUGUCUCCCAGACCCUCCCACCUCCUGGACAGCUUCCAUGUUGAAGGCAGCUUCAACUGGAUGCUGUCCAGGAGGUGGGAGGGUCUGCCGGAGAUUGGCCGGGAUGUGCCAGCUGACCGGAGUUCGCCGCGGACGGUUCGCGACAUCUCUAUCCAUGAGUAGUUUGUGGUAUCGUGUAUGAGGGCUGCUUGUAGAAUUGUGUAUGGAUAUGUCACACUGUGUAUUUGGUAGUGUGUGUGUGUGUGUGUGUGUGUGUGUGUGUGUGUGUGUAUGUAUGGGUCUGUUUCGGGUAUUGCACGUGGGGUUGUGUGCAUGUAUAUGGAUUGUUAGUGGGUUUUAUGUUUGUGCGGAUUGUGAGUUUGUUUAUGGGCUGUUCAUAUUAUUUGUAUGAGGGGAGGGUUAUUCUGCAGCUCCGUGUAUAUCUAACAGUGUGGGUGGGGACCAGGCUGGCCAGGUACAGCUGAAGGACGGGAGCUGCAGGCUGCUAUACUACAGUGUGGAUUCUCAUUCACAAGUGCUGGGAGGAAAUUAUCUGAGCUCACUUCCUCUACGUGCAGCAAUGCAUAAAUUGAGAAUUCACUACCUUUUCGUAUCAGCAGAUAUCUGAAGUUUCACUGCGACUCCUGAUAGGCCACACGUGCCAUAGGUUGCCUACCCCUGAUCUAGACACUGUACACAUCUAAAUUAAUGUAUGUAUAACCCUAAUCAUGCCUUCUAGCAAAGCGCUAAGAUUAAUUAUUUGGAAUGACUCGCACACUCUCGCUACUCCUGGUAUAUUCUGCAGACUGUAUGCAACACAGUCCACUGUCAUGGUUACCUUGGGGGUGGAGUAGGUUUUUGAGGGAACUGUAUACUUUUUUUUUUAUUUUUUAUUUUUUUUAUUGAACGUAUUGCAAUAAUAAACCAUAAAGAGAAAAUGUGAAAGCGUAGCAGUGUCUACAUUCGUAACAUGUUGCACGAAGCCAACCAAGUUGUUUAAGAAGUCACAUUUGUCACGAAGAAACGGUACAGACAGGCCUCACCUUGGCGUGCUUGAGGCAAUAAUGUUUGUUCUCUUCAGUAAUGUGUAUUUAUUACAAAUAUUAACAUCCUGAGUUACUGAUUCACUUUAUUCAAAGGGAAUUUCAUAUUUAAAGAUGGACUAGCUAAGCAUAUCAUUUUUAAAGUUUGACUGUUUACUUUGAAUUCUCAUUCUCAAAAAAACAAACUCACUUCCUCCUUCAUUCUUGGCAGGGGUAUGAUAAAAACAAGCAGGACUUUAGUUUGUACAGGGAGGUGUUUGUAACUGAUUAAGGGAACGUAAUAUCUUAUUUUUCUGCAAAAAUUUUUUCAGAAACCUGCAUCCUUUCUAGAAAGUCUGAUUUGGUCUAUGUAUACAUGCAUGUGCUGUUAUAUUUAUAAAUCUAUAUAUCUCAUAGUCUAAAAAACGAUAUUGGUUUACGUGUUAAGUGACAGUAUGGCUGACUAGAUGGUGGGUAGCUGGAGUAACCAUCACCUGAAAAUGGUAGUUUAACCUACUUUAAACCUCUAAAACACUGGAUUAAUAUUGACCUUGAAGGGCUAUUUUGGCCCUACAGGUUAAAGGUUUUCUGGUAUAACCCUAAACUCACACUCUUCUAGAAGUGUUAAUCUGCACAUCACUUAUAACCUGAGGAGUUAACCUGCACCACAACUAACAAAAUCAUUUUAAGGUUUGCUACUGGAGUUUAGAUUGAUGGUUGGCUCUCUGAAGGAGCGAUUUAUUUUCUGCAGACCAUGCAGUUUUAUCACUGCACUCCUCACCUUUCUUCCGCUGGGUGUAAAUGUCUAUCUGGUGACUCCCAAAUCUGGGUCAAGUUCAAACAGGUCUGAAUAUUAUCUCGAUCUUAAUAACAGUGUAACGCAAUGUUCAGAAGCAUGAAAGCGUCUGCUCUAGAAAUCUGAAGAUUCAGUCUUAUUUUCCCAUAAGACUGUGCAAUCUAGUCUACAGAUUUUAAUAAACCCUUUUUUACUUUCAUAGAAAACUUUAUUGGAAGACCCCCUCAUUGCCCCUUUGUGGCUUGUCAUAGCUCUGGUAAUGGCAUUUUAGAUAUGCGCUCGUGCUCCCACCACCAUGCCUUCUCUAUCUCUUCCUUCCUGUGUACCCAGUUCUGACUGUUUCAAAACUCCAUACAAGUUUCACCUUGAAACUGUUACCUGUCUGAGUUUGUAGGGGGAGGGGAACCCUUUGUUUAAAUGCAAUUCUGUAAAAUGUUUAGUUACUUGGUAUUAAUGUCUAAUUGUUUAAAAUGUCUUUUAUUUCCUGGAACAGGAUGGGGACGCUCUGGAUACUUUCCCUUUUGGCAGCGUCUGUGGCUGCUAACCUGUGUCCUGAUGGCACCAGAUGUGGCGAGGACAGCCUGUGCUGUGAGCUGUCUGGUGAGCAGGGAUAUGGUUGCUGCUCCAAGGAAGAGGUAAAUGGGACAGUAUUGGCAAAAAGUGUGGGUCUUGGUAUCUGAGACGGGACUAGAAGAAUGUUGCAAUGAUAGCCCAACUGUUUUCUGUAGCAGAACGAAUACAGAGGCUAAUGGUGCAACAGAUAUAUUUAGGGGCCCCUUUAGUGCAAGGCAGGCCAAAAGGUGGGAUUGUACAACCCCCAUGAUGCUCUCUCAGCUAGGGAUUUAGCAUUUGCCCUUACUUGCAGGGCAGUAUUUCGGUGUGUUUGCAGCGUUCUGUUGUGUUGGCAGUUAGAAUGUGUGCAUGCGCACGCGCUGAAAUGUAUGUUCAUAUAGUCACUGUUUCCAUACCCUUUUUGGGGUGCAGUUGCCACUGGACCCCAGUGAAGCAAAUUUUAUUCACAACAUGAGAAUUGUUGGGAAUUAAUUCAGCAUUGCCUUAAGUGUUAGAGCUGGUUAACGUUAUAAACCUCUUCUGAGUAAACCAUGUGGGUUUCUUUUCUGCCCUCUUCUCUAUAGAUUGUGUCCCGAUCUCUUCCAAUGAUUUCCACAGAGAACGAGUGUUCGGCUCGUGAAAGCUGUCCUGCUGAAUACAGCUGUGUUAAUACCCCUCAGGGCAAUUCUGCUUGCUGUCCGCUGCCACAGGUAAACUGGUACCAGCCGUGGAUUGGGCAGAGAACUCUGCUUUCAUUUAGGAGCAGUCUGGUUAGGCCACCAUGGGGUUUUGUAGCCUUGGACUGCAUUGACAAACAUUGAUCUGGGAAAGGGAGAUUUAAUCUGUUGUGGGGAAAAAUAGUUUAUUUUUUUAUUUUAUUUUUUUAAACUAUUUUUCUUCUCCAAAGGGAUCAUCCUGCCAAGAUGGAAGUCAUUGCUGUCCUUCUGGUACUCUUUGCUCUUCAGAUGGACACCACUGUAUUCCAGGUCAGAUAUUAUCCACAAAUUGUGGUGUGUGUGUGUGUGUUUGUUUUUUUUUUUUUGUUUUUCUUCUCCUACCUUCCUCUCCUCUGGCUGAUCAAACAUGUGGGUUCACCAGAACACUGAGACCUCACUUGUGGUAUUGAACACCAUACUGGAGACCAUAUCUCCAGAAGAAUAUUUAUACUUUAGAGAGUUUAGAGAAGAGCUACUAAACUGGUUCAUGGAUUGCAGGAUAAAACUUACCAGGAAAGGUUAAAGGAACUUAACAUGUAUAGCUUGGAGGAAAGACGAGACAGCGGGGAUAUGAUAGAAACAUUUAAAUACAUAAAGGGAAUCAACACAGUAAAGGAGGAAACCAUAUAUUUUGAAAAAGGGGAAAAACUACCACAAGAGGAAAUAGUUUUAAACCUUUGUCCCUCUAAUUUAAGACUAAUAUCUGGAAGUAUUAAUUAACUGAGAGGCUAGUGGAUGCAUGGAAUAGCCUUCCAGCUGAAGUGGUAGAAGUUAACACAGUAAAGGAGUUUAAGCAUGCGUGGGACAGGCAUAAGACUGUCCUAAUAAAUCUCAGUGUGAUCCACAAACCGAUGGAUCACACUAGGAGAGGGCACAGUAGAGAAAGGGAGUGAUAUAAAGAACUCUACCUUUUAAAUAAACCUAACAUUAAAAUGCGGAUAGCUCAAAACAGCAAAGUUGAUCAGAGGUUCUAGGGCAGGGUGGAUUGUCAAGGAAAUACUAAAAUAGAUAAAUACCAUGCAUAAACCACUUCUCCUGGGUGGAUAGUGAGGUCCAGGUUAUGUAGUAUCCAAAAGAGUCUCAAAUAUGUGUACCAGUCAAGUAAGGCUGUAUGUAAACAGUCAGAAGAAUAGGCCCGUGUAGGCCAAAUAGAGUUCCAUAGUAAAAAUAGAAUGAACACUGUCCCUAGUUAGCUCUGCACCUCACAAGGCUUGUGCCUACAUGAACCAACAAACCCCAGAACUUCCAAAAAAACCUUAUAAACUAAUGUGGUCAUAGUGCUACCAAAAGUGAGAUAAUAAUGAAAUGCCCAAAGGCUAUCCUUGCUAUGAGAUAAGGCCAGGGACUAAUGAAAGUAUUUAGAAAAUUGGGCAGACUAGAUGGGCCGAAUGGUUCUUAUCUGCCGUCACAUUCUUUGUUUCUAUGUUUCAUCCCCCAUUAGCCACCAAUCAAUCUGCAGUGAUCUGCCCAGAUGGAAAAUCUGAGUGUCCAAGUGAUGCCACGUGCUGUGUAAUGGCUGACCAGAGCUGGGGAUGCUGCCCAAUGCCACAGGUGAUAUUUUUAUUGUCUUUCCACCCACUCCUUUCUCAAGAACUUGCUGUGAUCUAUGCUCAGUUAAGAUAACAUUUUGCUUAUCGUUUGACACGUUUAGAACCUUAAGCGGUAGAACUAAUCGGAAAAUACCUUUCAGAAUUCUGCACUUUGUUUCCUGCAGAAUGAGCUCUGUUGCACACUUUGUUCUUACAACCUGUGUGAAAAAGCAAAACCUACUGUGUUUAUAAUAUGGACUUUUUUUCUUCUUGCCUCUCUAAUAGGCGUCUUGCUGCAGCGAUCACCUGCACUGUUGUCCUCGCAAUACCCUAUGUGAUGUCCAACAUAGCCGCUGCCAGUCUGAAGAUGGCGUAACCCCCUGGAUGCGCAAGCUUCCUGCUAGAGUUAAACUGGUGGGACUGGGUAAGCCAUAUUGAGGCUGUUUAGUCACUUCCACUUCAUCCUGGACCUUGUCUUGUUGCCAUAGACUGACCUUUUAAGUAUUCUUAAGGGUGGUUUACCAGCAUCUAGAGUACAACUUUCAUAAUCUAAAAGAUUUUAAGUUAGAUGGAGAAUAGUCACAUCUGCAGGUCAGUGUCCCGGUAGGGCUGACAAUCUCCUCUAUUAACCUCAACAAAUGGUUGAUUCCUGUUUUUGCUACCUGAAUCUUGCCCAGACUUCGUCGUUCCAUGUCUUAGUGUGGUGUUUGUGGGAGGUUUGAAAUGGUUCUUGACGUAUCCUUUACAUGGACCCUACUUUGUCUUUAUCAGGAGACAUUUUCAAACGGACUAACUGCUCUGACCACACCACCUGUCCUAACGGUGCUACCUGUUGCCUCCAAAAAGAUGGAAAAUAUGGAUGCUGCCCUUUCACAGAUGUGAGUAUGGCUGACAUUAUUUAGAUUUACUGGAAAGAUCCCUUCAGAGGUCUGUUGGUGCAGCAGAACGCAUUUCUAGUCUUAACUAUCCCCUUCCUCUAGUCUGCACAGCAAUGAUCUUGUGGUCUUCUUCUGGAUCAGUUUGCACAAGAUCUCAAUUGCCCGCUUGUCUCCCUGCUCAGAUGUGCUGUUACCCCUUAAUAUGAGCAGUGAUGUCGAUCUAGACCAGUGCUUCCAAAACAAAUCAAGUCCUAACCAAUCCAGGAUUUAGUGAUUUAGAGUUGUCUUUCUAAAAAGAGAAACCCUUUAUAGCCAACUGGGUAAUCCCUAAAUCCUGGACUGGUUUGGGACCCACUCAACUAGACUGAUACUGUUUUGAUCUGAACUUGUGAGGCAUUCUGGGCCUGACUCUCUUUGGGUCUGACUUGCUGCUGUGUGUAAAGAGGCAGUCUGUAAAUGCCAAAAAAGUAAUCUUCCAUAGAGCAUUUGAGACUAGUAGAACUGAGGUUUGUGUCCUUAGAACUUAAGCGUACAUAAUCUGCUCAGCUAGAAUUAUUGUAUCUCUACCAAAACCAGAGUAUAUUGUUUGGAUGCUACAACUCGCAACCACAGCCUUAAGAGUCUCCCUCCCCCUCUGCCAGUUAACCUGUUGCUUCUAAAUUUGUCAGAACAGAAAAAGCUGUAUAUGCAACUUUUCUUUCCUAACCACACACCUUGUCCUGAUAGAGUAAAUCCUUAUCUCACCUGUUGGUAAACCUAUAUUUUCAUUAAUCCAAUCAUUCAUUUAGUCUGAGCUCAUAAAAUCUAUUGAGCCGAUAGUUUACAAGUACAAAUUCAUUCUAACAGAUCACGGUAGUGGUGGUGAUCUGAUAAAAACUCUUGCAGGUAUGCCAUGUUACUUAAUGCCUUAAGGGCCAGAAGUUUUGCCAUCUCAUAACUUGCUCCCUCAAGACCUUAUGCCAAUAUGACAUGCUCUGAUUGCCCCAUACAACCCUCCCAUUUAACUCAGUGGGUCACUCUCUAUUUUAGAAUAAGAUGCCUAAUAUUUAUCACAAAUAUUGUGGAGACCAUAGCUUGUCAUUAACUUAAAAUGGGCCACUACGAGAAGAGGUGGUCUGAACACACCGAAGAAUGUCAUGCUACACUACUACAAACUGAUUAACGGCAAGUGGUAUGGAUGUUUGUAGUGGGUGGAACUUUAUUCAAGUAGUUAUUCAUGAAACCUGGCUUAGUGUGAGAAAUUGCCCAAUUCGUCUAUAGUUACAGCUUGUCCAUCUUAUCUAUGGAAUUUUGGGAAAAAAAAUGUUUUUGUAUUUAAUUCUCUUGGCUUUAUCUUGCACUAGAUUGGCAGUCUUUAAUGUUUAACUGUAGUUUUGCCAUGGUAACAAUAAAACUAUCCUUAAAUUCUACACUGGAGUUUGUGUCUCUCUGAAUGGCCUCUCGCCCUGUAUGUCGCAGUCUAACUCUGUUCCUGGUUCAUUGUCGUGCAGGGUGUCUGCUGUCGAGACCACGUCCACUGCUGCCCCUCAGGGACGCGCUGUGACCUGACUCAUAAUAAGUGUGCGUCGCUCAGCCUGGAAACCCCUCUCUUCACAAAGACUCCAGCUUUAGAAGAAGCAGGCAAGUUUACCAGGUUUUUUUUUUUUUGGGGGGGGGGAAGAGGGAAAUGUUCCACGUGUUAACCAGGUUGUCUGUAUGGAUGUUUCCUUUAUCACUUUCCUAGAGGCAGCCUUGUCCUCUGUGUAUUGUGUAAUCAUUUUAGUUCAAGUCUGUGAGGCUCAUCUUGUCUAAUCUGUUGCAGUAAACCAGGUCCCACCUGUCCUGACUGCAAUCCAACACAUUUAUGUAUUCAUGGAUGUUAAAGUGAAUCCAUAGUUCUCUUCAGCAAGCUGGACAUUGUGUUCAAUGUUUGUCUACAAAAGAUUAAAGUUUCCUCCCCACCCCCUGAAUUGUAUUAACAAUUCUCUGAACUUUUUUUUUUAAAUAUAACACUUUGACUAGUUUCGUUGUCUAUACAGAUGUGAAGUGUGAUGACUCUACCAGUUGUCCUGGUGAUAGUACCUGCUGCCGCCUUGAGAGUGGUGAAUGGGGUUGUUGCCCAAUACCACAGGUACAGUGCCAUCAAUGACUGAUUUAUGCAAAGUGUGUGUGUAAAUUUUUUUUUUUUUUUUCUCUCUGAAUAGUAAUGCAACACUUCUAGCUUUUUCUGGUUUAAAACGUAAUUUAAACCAGAGUUGUACAUUACACCUAAGAUCAUGGGUGACCUUUUUAUCUUUGGUUAAAUUUCUCCUCCACCUUCCCUGCUGUAUCUAUAGAUUUAAAACCUUCUGGGCCUCUCCCUUUCAAUCCUUGUUAUAGACUCUCCCCUGUGUUCCUGGCAAAGGGAGCAUGCAGAGCAGAGAAAUUAAACUGUUUUCAACUUGGGUUUUGUUUCUUUACUUGAUUUGCCUUGUCUGUAAUGAAAUUUUACUUGCUCGGAGUUCUAGGUUUGUGUCCACCACUCUUCCUACAAGGUUUUUAUUAAUUGACGUGAGGUUCAGAGAAAUGACCAUAAAGCUGACCUGCUGGCCUAUAUUUUCCCAUCUGCUGGACCAUACCACAGUGUUUCUAAAAUUGUAUGCAUCUUAUUCCCUUUGUACAUAUUGUGGUGCAGUGUCUCUACAGUUGAACUUUCUUGGUUUCUGAGUUGAACUGUAGACCCUACACAAAAUAAUUCAACUUUAAAAAUGGACUCUAUAAUGCCAUUGCUAAAUUUCCAGUUUGUGUGCACUUCCAGGCAGUCUGUUGUGAUGACCAUGUCCACUGCUGUCCAGGUGGGUACACAUGUUCUGGGUCCCAAUGUGUUAAUGAUGGUGUCUCCAUACCACUUCUCAGAAAAACUCCAGCUCUGAAGCACAAGGGUAAGUGCCAGACUUGUUAUAGGUUGUUUUGAGUCUAGUAUUUAGACUGGUUUGCAUUUUCUAAACUUUCUUUUUUAUACCCAAAAUAGAAAACAAUGUCCAAUGCAAUGACACUGCAUUCUGCCCAGAUGGGGCCACCUGCUGCCGUCUGAAAUCUGGCGCAUGGGGUUGCUGCCCUCUUGAACAUGUAGGAUAUAUAUAUAUAUAUAUAUAUAUAUAUAUAAUAUACAUACACUGACCUGGUCUAGAGUUUGCAUAUUGGACUAACUUGUGGUUAUUUUAACUUCUAGGCUGUGUGCUGUGAUGACCACGAACACUGCUGUCCCAGUGGUCACACAUGUUCUGGUGGACAAUGUCUGGAGGGAGAGAACUCCAUACCAGCAUUCAAAAAACUGCCUGCUUUGACAAACGUGGCAUCUAAUGGUAAACUUAUCCCCCUCGCAAUGCACCUAUAGAACUAUUGGUUGGCAUCAUAUAAACAGACCAGAAUCCCUUCCAUUGACUGGUCAUAGCGUAUUGGACCAAACUGUAUCUCCACCCCUGGUCUUCUGGCAGAUUAAGAUGUUCCUUUCUGCCAGUAUUGGGCAUUUAAAUAACCAUACCAAAUGCAAGCAAUAAUAAAGGGCUGGCAAAAUCCCCCAGCAUCCUCUUUGAGUUCAACAAAGUGCUAUUCUUUCAGCAGGAACACUUUAAAUGCCUUUCCUGCAAUACUUGCCAGGGGACGUCACUAAAACAUCAGUAGGUUUGCCUUUAUGGGAGCAAGACUUGGACCCUAUAGGCAAUCCAUGACCAUUGACUCAGCCCAAGAGUCUUGCAAUAAGGACCCUCUAACAUGACAGGAGCAUACAAUUGUACCUUCUUACUAAAGAACUUUGUGAACCAUCAGCUCUGGAGAGACCUUUAACCAUCCUCCAAUACAACGGGUAGAAAAUGCAAAUCCACCCCCCCAUAGCUGCCCCACUCUGAGCUUUGCACCCUACUAAUGAAUUUCUUAAUGUUGUAGCGUUAUGGUCACGUAUGUCUGUAUUCUGGAUCUUCAUGUCCAACCCAUAGACAUGCAGCUUGUCGCUCUUUCUCUGCAGCUAAUAGGGUUCCGUGUGACGCCAGUACAAGCUGUCCAGAUGGGAGUACGUGCUGCCGCAAGUCAGAUGGAGACUGGGGAUGUUGCCCUAUAGAGAAGGUAUAUACUUUAUUGCAUAUCACGUCUUGCAUUGCUCUAACAUGCAAAUGUAGUGGUUAUGCUGCCUCUGACUCCUUAACUGUCUGUUUUAAAUUCAGCAAGUCACGCUUUCGUGAAUAACGCUAGAAGUCAACCAUGUUUCCUGUUCUGCUACAUAAAACUAGAGUUCUUGCAAUUCUGAUAUUGACUGGUUUCUCACUUGCUUUGUAUUCCAGAGCAGUUACAUUAGUGUUGGCUGAGUUAACUGUCCUAAACACUCAUUACUGGCUGAACUAUGCACGGUUUUACUUGUAGAUCUAAGCUAGCAUGAUGAAAAGCUGCCCCUCCUACCCCAUAUUUCGGUAGGCCUGCAGAAUGGGGUAUAUGGGAUCACCACAGUGAAUUAAGAUGUUGACUUGUCAAAUCUCUAUUUUUACUUUAAUGUUUUGUAGGUUAAAAAAAAAAAAAAAAAAUUUAACUUACAUGAGCAGGACCAAUGACUGUAGUUAAAAUGCACUUCCCUAUCUGGAGGGGAGGUUGGUUAACAAACUGACAUGUAGUGAUCUACUGUGCCUCGGUGUCCUUCUAAUAAUGCUGAUAUUCUAAAGGUAAUGUGAUCUGCUGUCGAAUUCUAAUCUGUGCGUGUUAGUUUGAUCACUAGGGCAAAAUCUCAAAGCAAAGGUAUGGCAUGAUGUGAAACUCUGCAUUUAUCUCUGCUAGAUUGAUGGAAGUGUGUGGCUGUAGGAUAACUGUUUCCAUUCCUGACCUUGCAGGCUGUGUGUUGCUCUGACCACCAACACUGUUGUCCUGAGGGAUACACAUGUGAUGUGUCACUUGGUGUCUGUAACAAAGCCAACCAGCGGUCAGAACCAAACGUCCCUUCAGUCUCUACCACCCCAAUCCAACCUGUAGACUACGUCUGGUGCGACUCCUCCCAUGCAUGCUAUGAUGGCCAGACAUGUUGUGUGGGACCAGGCGGCGUUUGGCAAUGCUGCCCUUAUACACAAGUAAGUACCAGGGAUAUGGUGUGUCCCCUUGAUGAGCAGAAGUCAUCUGUGUUAAUGAUUCCAAUUCCAUCUAACUUUACAGUUUGAAGGCAUUAAAAGCUCACAGUAACCUUUACCUUCCAGGGAGUGUGCUGCCCAGACCGGGUGCAUUGCUGUCCAUAUGGACACAUAUGUCUGAAUGCUGGAGCUGCAUGUAGCCGUGCUGGCCCUCUGAGCUGGUUGGAAUCUCCCGUCCCUUCAGCCCCAAUCCAGCAAGCAAAACAGAUCAACCCUACAACCCCAAUCCAGCAAGCAAAACCUGCCAACCCUACCACCCCAAUCCAACCCGUAGACUACGUCUGGUGCGACUCCUCCCAUGCAUGCUAUGAUGGACAGACCUGCUGUGUGGGACCAGGCGGAGUUUGGCAAUGCUGCCCUUAUGCGCAUGUAAGUACCAUGAUCUGGUGUGUUGGGCAGGGGUCAUUUGUGUUAAAGGGACACUACAGUUUUAUGUAGUUCUGGUGAGUACAUUAAAAAGCCUGCAGUGACGAACUAUAAACACUCUCCCUUUCAGAGAAAAGGCAGUGUUUACGUUGCUCCCUAGGAAAAUCUCCAGUGGCAGUUACUCUAACUGCUACUAGAGGCCCUUCCUGGGUCAGUGCUGCAGACUUUCAGCAUCUCCACGCUCUAAGUGGAGACACUGAACAUUAAUCCUAGAGAUGCAUUGGAUUAGCUGAGGUUACCAAUUCUAAACUCUCUCGAAGUGGUCAGAGUAAGCGGCAGCCAACCUUUGUGGUGGUGCUGCAGUAAAGGUACGAUUUUUAACCCUUUUUGGAGAGGAAGGGUGGGCCUGAUACUAAAAUAGUGUCGAACACUUGAGUAUUAAACACUCAAAAAAUCUUUUUCAUUUUCAGGGGGUGUGCUGUCCAGACAGGGUGCAUUGCUGUCCAUAUGGUCAUGUAUGUCUGAAUUCUGGAGCGGCAUGUAGCCGUGCUGGCCCUUUGAGCUGGUUAGGACCUCCAGUCCCUUCAGCCCCAAUCCAGGAGACAAAAACCUCCAACCCUACAACUCCAAUCCAACCUGUAGACUACGUUUGGUGUGACUCCUCCCAUGCAUGCUACGAUGGCCAGACAUGUUGUGUGGGACCAGGUGGCGUUUGGCAAUGCUGCCCUUAUGCACAUGUAAGUACCAGGGACAUUAAUGAUGGGCAAAGGUAUUCUGUGCUAAUGCUCCAAUUCCCUCAAUCACUUGGAAAGCAUUAACCUCGGUCUUUCCUUUCAGGGCGUGUGCUGCCCAGACAGGGUGCAUUGCUGUCCAUAUGGUCACGUAUGUCUGAAUUCUGGAUCUUCAUGUAGCCGUGUAGGCCCUCUGAGAUGGGAUGGAGAAAACAGGCCUGAAAAUGAGCCACAAAAAGCAAUCUCAUUCCUAUAAGGAGAACUCUGCCAAAAGUUUGUUUUCAUUCCCAAUAAAAUCCUGCUCCCCACCCCAACUAAUGUGCUGAGCACAACACUGGAAUAUAAUUGAAAUAAAGGUAGAACGUUUUGAUAUUUAAACAAACCUAAGCGACUUGAUGUGUGGCUUUUUGUGAUCCUGUGUUUAUCAAAAAAAGCAUCAAAGUGAGACAAAACAAUGGCUGGG